CAAUAAGAACAUGAAACAACAGCUGGCCAUUUUCAUACUGGUUCCACAUUAAUUUCAUAGAUGAUUUGGAGCAGCGAUUAUAUAAAUGAUAAAGUGGAUGAAAAUGUCCGCAAGAAUUUUCUCAGUCAUCUCUAUUCUGCUUUAAACCAGGUUGGAUUUAGGGCUUACAAAGAUGACAAGGAGCUCCAGAGAGGAUGUGACAUUUCCAUUGAGCUAUUGGAAGCGAUCGAGCAGUCUAGGAUUGCCCUUAUCGUGUUCUCAAAAAACUAUGCUGGUUCCAGAUGGUGCCUUGAUGAGCUUGUGAAGAUCCUUGAUUGCAGGGAAAGAUUAGGACAGAUUGUUCUGCCUAUUUUCUUCCAUGUGGAUCCCUCAGACAUUCAUAAACAGAGGGGAAGCUUUGGUGAAGCAUUUGUGUGUCACCAGAAGGUUCCGCUGGAGAAAGUGGAGAGGUGGAAGACUGCUCUUACCAAUACUGCAAGUCUGGCCGGGUUUGAUCUGCAAAAUUUCAACGGGGAUGAGUCCGAGUUGAUCAAGAGAAUCAUUGAAGAGAUGUGGGGGAAAUUACAUCCUGCUUACCUUAGUGAUGUCGACAAACUUUUUGGAAUAGCAAGCCGGGAAGAAGAAUUAAUAUCACUUUUGAGACUUGACUUUAAAGAUGUUCGCUUCAUAGGAAUCUAUGGAAUGCUUGGAAUAGGAAAGACAACAAUUGCCAAGGUUAUUAGGAAUAGAAUCUUCCCACUCUUUGAAGGUAACAGUUUGCUUGAAGAUGUUUGUCUAGCAUCAAAACAAGGUGAUGGACUGGUUGAUUUACAAAAGAGACUUCUCCACGACAUUUUAAGGGUACGUGACUUAUAUGUAAGCAAUAUUGAUGAUGGCAUUAAUAAAAUCAAGAGAAGAUUACAGUACAAGCGGGUUCUUGUUAUCCUCGACAAUGUUGAUCACCUGGACCAGCUAGCAGCACUUGCUAAAGAGCACAACUGGUUUGGUGCUGGAAGCAGAAUCAUAGUAACAAGUAGAGAUGAAAAUUUACUUAAUGCUCAUAGAGUGGAUGCCAAAUUUUUGGUCCUGCCUCUAUCUUUUUAUUCUGCUUCCCAACUCUUUUGUUGGCAUGCCUUUAGACAACAUGAUCCUCCAGAUUAUUUUGCAGAGCUUUCCCAUAAGAUUGUGAGAUAUGCUGGAGGGCAUCCAUUAGCUCUUAAAGUUUUGGGUUCUUUCCUAUCAGAUAAAACUAUACCUGAGUGGAUAAGUGCAUUUGAGGAACUCAAGAGUGCUCCUAAUGGAGAAAUUUAUGAAGGACUUAAAAUGGGUCUUGAUUCACUAAAUGACCAUCAAAGGGCCAUUUUUCUUGACAUUGCAUUUUUCUUUGUGGGGAUGGAUGAAAAGGAUGCAAUUCCAAUAUUAGAUGGCUGUGGCUUCCAUACGAAAAUCCUACUUCGUGUUCUUACCCAAAAGUGCCUAUUAACAGUAAGUCUUGACAACAAGCUAAUAAUGCAUGAUCUGCUUCAAAAUAUUGCAAGAGAAAUUGUUCGUAGAGAAAAUGCUGAUGAACCUGGCAAGCGCAGCAGACUAUCUUUUCAUAAGGACGUCCGUAAGGUGCUGAAACACCAUGAGGGUACGGACAAAGUCGCAGGCCUUGUGGGCAACUUCCCUAGAUUAGGGAAGAAGUCAUUUAGUACUGAAGCACUUGCAAGGAUGAACAAACUAAGAAUACUCCAUCUUAGAAAUGCUGGCUUCAUUGGAGGCUGCCAACAUUUUUCAAAAGAAUUAAGAUGGCUGUGUUGGGAGAGAUUUCCUUGGGAAUCUAUACCGCCUGGUUUAAAUCUCAAAAGAUUGGUUGUGUUAAAGUUAAGAUAUAGCCACCUCAAACAAAUUUGGGAGCAAACAGAGGUUCUUAAAAAUCUGAAAGUCCUUGAUCUCAGUCAUUCUCAUAACUUAAUCAGAAUUUCUGAUAUAUCAGGUCUAUCCAAUAUUGAAAAUUUGAUCUUCAUGGACUGCAUCAAUUUGAUUGAGGUACACCAGUCCAUUGGCAAUCUUGGUAAACUCAUUUCUUUGGACUUGGAAAACUGCAAGAACCUUGUUCAUCUUCCCACACAGAUUUGUAAGCUAAGUUUUCUUGAGAACCUUAAUUUAUAUCACUGCUCAAAACUAACAGAGUUGCCUGAGGAUUUUGGUAACAUGGACAGUUUGAAGGAGCUAAAUAUAGGCUUGACUGCCAUCAAUAGUUUACCCAUUUCAAUUGGCCGUCUGAAGAAUCUUACUGAAUUUUUAUGGGACAAUGAAGGAAAUUCAUUUGGAAGUCCAGACAUCAACAGUUUGUCUGCAUUAUGGAAUUUUGCUUCUUUGAUAAGCUUGAAUCUCUCAUUAUGCAAUCUAUCAAAUAAUUCAUUUCCCAGAGACCUCAAUGGCCUACCAGCUCUGGAGAAAUUGUUGCUAAGAGGAAACAGUUUUCACAGCUUACCUCCUUGUCUAUUGCAUUUGCCAAAGUUAAAAGAGCUUGAUGUCUCUGAUUGUGAUCUAUCAAGGACAACAGAUCCCAUAGUUUGUCUGAGCACCACGUUGCAAAAAUUGGAUUUAUCCAAAAACAACUUUUGCAGCCUACCUAUUGAUCUUAGCUCCCUUCCUCAUCAAAGUCAAGUGAACAUAAGUAAGUGCAAUAAGCUUCAAACUGUAGAAGCCAACUUACACACACAUUUGAAUGCAAGGAAUUGUACAGUGUUGGAGAGAGUGGCAUAUGAAGGAGUGAUUGAUUUACAAGAAAAUCAUAUCCAAUCAGUUAGGAGAUUUAAUUGUUCUUUCUUUGCUUUUAAUGGCUGUGAAAAACUAGUUGAGAUUCAAGGAAUUUAUAAGCUGAGACCUUUAGCUAGAGGUGAACUUUCUAAGUUAGAGCGCUUGUUCGGAUUGGAUUAUUUGCUUAAAAAGCAGUUCAGUCUUCAUAAUGUUGCAGCAUGCACAUGGAUGAAGGCUCCCAUUCAGGGGUUGUCUCAGUGUGGAAGUGGGGUUUAUAGCAUUUUUCUUCCUGGAAAAAGGGUUCCGAGUUGGUUUAAUAAUAGGAAUAAAGGCAAUCGCUUAAAUAUUAACGUGCCUCAACUAUCAUGUGGAAGUUUCGAAGGGCUUGCAGUAUGUGUUGUUUAUUUGGUAAAUAAACCCUAUUCUUGUGAUCCAACUUUAGGCAUAAGGAUUGAUAAUAUCACUACUGGUUGCUUCCAUGCAUACUUUCCAAGGGUCAUUGGGUACCCCCAAAAAGAUGAAGUCAUGUGGGUCAGCUAUUGGAGAGCUCCAAGUUUGGUGAAUGGAGGGAACAGACUUCUGGUUGAAGUAAGGACGGCUAUCCAACCCUUCAAGGUGAAAGAGAUUGGCGUUCGCUUCUUAUGUGAAGAGAUGAUCGUGCAAUUGUCUGGAGAACAUCUGUUGAUUCCAAGAUACCAUUUCCGAAAAACAACAUUAGAUGUCUUCUACUUUGCCAGAAUUGUUGAGGCCUUGGAUUGGGAGUCUCUUCCCCUGGAUAUAAAGCAAUCAAUGAACAGUCUAGAACAUCUGCCUGUAGCAGUGUUGAAAUUGUUGAUGGUUUGGCUGAGAGAAAAUUUUCUGAUUGCAAGAGCUAAGGAGGCCCAUGCAGAUUUUUCAGACUUAAUUCCAGAAUGGGCGUACUUUCUACUUGUGGGAGCUUACAGGAGAUUAACUAGCAAAAGAAAUGAAAUGUGGAGAAGAAAAAAUAGAUAAUUAAAUGAGGUCUCCUCUGUAAUUUUAUUUGUAAUAUGGCACUUAUCAGGCUAGUCUGAUUUGUAAUGUGUUCCGAAUAUAAUAACUAUGGAGGCCCAGAUAUAUUUUUCAGAUGAGUCAAUCUCCGAAUGGAUGAAACUGCUAACGAUAUUGGUCCGCAGAAACUAGAAUAAAUAACAACUAACAAGAAAUGGAAUGUGAAGAAGGAAUGAUAAAUCAUCAAGUGAGCUCUCCUCGGUAAUUUUUCCUGUAAUAUGGUACUCAUACACUGCAUUGAUUAU